AGGCAACGCCCACCAGUUUGCCACCCACCCAGCAUCUCAUCACGCCAUUGCCGACCAUUGAGCCAGAGACAGAACAGAACAGCGGCGCCGCCAAUUCUCCCCUCGCCACCGCUCCAACAAUGGAGUCUUGCCGCUCCAGGAAGCAUCUCCUUGCCUUAAUCCUUGCCGUCGCCCUUCUCCUAAUCCUGCAGCCGGCGUCUGCGGUGCCCACGUCAAGAAGCUUGCACUUGACGAGGAACCUGCAGCUGCACCCGCCGUCUCUGCAACUUUCUCCUCAGGAGAUGAGCCUGGGCAGGGCGGCGGCGAGGAUGGACGUGGAGGUGGUGAACGACUACCCCGGGUCCGGCGCCAACAACCGCCAUGACCCUCCAAAGGGUCCCUGAAGCAGCUGAACCAACCUGGAAUUUCUUGCUAGCAGCUAGUUUUACCCCUUUAGCAGGCUAAUAACUGCUAAAGAAACAAAAGUGAUGCUUCGUUCCGGUGUCUUCUGUAGUUGUGUUGGAUGGAUCAAUACCUGUCAGCAAGUCUCCAUGUAAAUGGUGUUACGGAUGUCAAUACAGUUUCAGACCGAACCCUUCUUCUCUUGUCA